AUAAUGAAGGACAAAGUGCAACGUUACAUGCAGUUUUUAAUAAAGGUAAUAUCUAACGCAUAUACGCAAUAGUCAUCGUUGAAAUUUAUUAAAUGCAAAGUACUCUUUGAAAUUAUCGCAAAUCUAGGCGUCUUUGUAAUUAAAACAGUAAUUUAGAAUAUUCAUAAACAUUUCCAAGUAACUGCGCCUUAAAAGAAUAACUAAUCAUUCAUUUAAAAAUAAACACUACUUGUUAUUGUAAGUCGUGCCUUGUCUGUAUAAACAACUUAAUCUUCAGUAUUAUCGAAAGUUGUUCAGAAUUUAUAGAUACGUUUUCCUUGUGGCUUGAACUAAUUGAGUGUUUAACUGAAUGUUGAGUGUCGGAUCAAUAAUGGAGAGUUACUUUGCUCCAUCACUGUUUCUGAAUCAUGGCGGAGGACCUUUGCCAGUUCUGGGUGAAAAGAAUAAUAUUCAGAUCGCUAAUGCACUGAGAAACGUACCAAAUUUACUCGAUUUAAGUAAAUUGAAAGCGAUUAUAUUGGUCACGGCUCAUAGACAAGAGGAUGUUGUCACAAUAUCGUCCGGUCAACGACAUAGUUUGUUGUACGAUUAUUAUAAUUUCCCGCCAGAAAGUUACGAAUUGAAAUACGAUGCGCCUGGUGACCCUCUAUUGGCGGGAAGACUGCAUUCGGCGUUCAAAAAUGCGAAUAUACCAUCACAGUUGGAUGAGAAAAGAGGUUGGGAUCAUGGAGUUUUUAUUCCAAUGUUGCUUAUAAACCCUAGUGCAAACAUUCCAAUAGUGCAAGUAUCGAUAUUGAAAAAUCAAAACGCAAUAGAUCACUACAAUAUUGGAAAAGUUUUGUACGAAUUCAGAAAAGAAGGCAUAGCUGUUUUCGGUUCGGGAUUAUCUUAUCACAAUAUGAGGGAAUUUAAGAAAACUCUUUUAUCCAGUAGUGAAAUCGAUGGAAUAGUAGUUAAUGAAAAAUUCGACCGCUUUCUUAACGAUGUCUGUACGGGCAAGUUAGAUGUGGAAACCAUUUUAACAUGGGAUACAGUUCCGCAGGCCCGAGACGCUCACCCUCUGGGGGAUGCAGACCAUUUAAUGCCUUUAAUUGUUAAUAUAGGGGCUGCAGGACCAAAGCCCGGAAGAAAUAUAUUUUCAAGUAUAUUCCUACAAAAAUUUAAGUUAAGUGGGUUUAUUUGGGAUUAAGUGAAUAAAUGAAUUAUGAAUGUCAAAACAAUAAUUUAUUUAAUAAAUUAAUUGUAAAAUAUAAACAAUACAAAACAAUUUCAAUCACGUUAUUCAACACAGGACCAAACAUCUGUAAGCAGAAAAAAAUAAAAUCAGAUUCAUACAAUA